UACAACUUUAGCAACGCAAUUGACACCUCCUCACUUUGUGACUAAGACGUUCCUCCGACUACAUCAUCCAUUGCCCUCAGUCAAAACGAAACAAAGAAACACAGAGGCACUUGUUCUGGGUAAACAAAGAUUGCUCCUUUAGUUUACAAAGACACCAACUUGAAAUGGAGAGAGUACUGAGAGCUGACAGAUGGGGCUACGAAGUAAACACUUCGUCAGAUGCUUGCAUAUCUGCCAUUAACGCCUAUUAUGAUCAGGUUUUGAGUUAUGGGAGACGCAGGUCUGUGAUACUAGAAGCGCCGGCGCACGAUAACAACUGUGUUCUUGCUAAUAUCUUGGCUGCGCAUUUUCUGUGCUCAUCUGAUCCUUCUAAAGCUCCUUCACAUCUCCAAUCGGCCACCUCUCGGCUCGAACAAGCUACCUCGUACGAGAAGGCAGUGUUUGAUGCUGUGAGUUGUUUGAUGUCCGAGGAUAAGGACGAUGAUGUUGCCUUUGAGUUGCAUUCUAAGCUCUUGAAAAGCUUUCCUAAGGAUUUGGUGUCUCUAAAAAGGGCCCAGGUGUUGUGCUUCUACAUGGCUCGACCUGAUCUGUCGUUGAAUCUUGUCCAACAGGUUCUACCAAGUAAUCAACAAGAAGAAUAUGUUUACGGUAUGCUUGCUUUCCCUUUACUGGAGCUUGGCCAAUUGGCAGAUGCAGAGAAAGCAGCAAGAAAGGGAUAUGAAAUCAACAAGCAAGACUGCUGGACACAUCACAAUUUGUGUCAUGUUCUUCAGUAUGAGUGCCGUUUCAAGGAAGCAGUAGAGUUCAUGGAAUCAUGCUCGUCAUCAUGGGAAUCUUGUCUGUCAUUUAUGCUUACACACAAUUGGUGGCAUGUAGCUCUUUGUUAUAUGGAAGGCUAUUCUCCCGUCGAAAAAAUCUUAGAGGUAUAUGACCAUCAUAUCUGGAAGGAGUUAGAAAAAGUUGAUGCUUUUGGACCGGAGGUGUACUUGAAUGCCCUUGGGUUGUUUUUACGAGUGGAUGUUCGUGAUCAAAUGGAUGCAUUUGAGGACCGUUUGAAGGUCUUAGCCAAAUGCUUGACUGAUAGGGCCAACUGGUAUUUAGAGUGGCAUUUUGACGUAUUAAUAUUAUGGGCCUUGGCUAAAACUGGUGAGACUUCAGAGGCUGAGGAGUUGCUAAAGGGCUUGAAGUCCAGAAUUUCUAAGAUGAACAAGAAGAAGCAACAAUCCAUGCAGAGCGCAAUAAUGCUUGCAGAAGCUUUGUACGAGUAUGGGAGGGGAAACGAAAAACAUGCAUUGGAAUUGUUAGGUCCUAAUUUUGAUGCUGAGACCUGUAAGACGAUUGGAGCAUCGGGUGAACAGCUCGAUGUAUUCAAUGAAGUCUGGUACUGUAUGUUGCUUAACAAUGGACAAGCUACGAAAGCAAUUGAGGUGAUUGAGAGGCGGAUCAAAGCAAGAGAGGGGAUCCCUUUCCUCUGGCGCCUCUUGGAGAGAGGUUACAAACAAACAGGCAGACCAGAGGUUGCAAUUGCAAGCGAGAAGGCCAGGGCUCUAGAGUCUGCAUAUUUCAGUUAAAACUUAAAACUAGUGAGAUAGAAAUCAAAUAAGAUGUUGUACCUUUAUUGUUCCCCAACAUGUUAGAUUUAGAGAUGAAGUGAAUCACAAAAUAAGAACAUGCAAUAUUUUUACUGUAACAAAUACAUGCAUUCCAUUUCAGUAACUGAGAAAUAGAAGAGCACAGAACUACUUUUCAAUCCCAUUUUCAUCUCUUGCUUCGCA